GGGACGUUAUUCACGGAGAUCCCAAACCCAAAACGACAAACGGUUUAUUAAUCAAUGGUACGCCCAUGGGGGGCGUUUUCCAUUACUUUUCCUUCUAAACGAACGGACAAAUACGAAUUAGUCGUGCUCUGCCUACUUCUGGCGACACAUUCGAAUCAAAAUAAUAAUUAUGAUCCAAUUAUUGAUCAUUGGUAUUGUAUUUCUCCUGGGAGUAUUCAUGGUGGUUGUAUGUGUGAUAUUGAGUAGUCCAAAAUGUACUAGUAAGGUUUGUUUAGUAGGAAAAACAGCUCUUGUGACCGGUGGAAGUUCAGGAAUUGGUUAUCAGACGGUUCUUGGAUUGGCUGCACGAGGAUGCAGAGUUAUUGUAGCUGAUCAAAAUGUCGACGAAAAAAUACAAAGAUCAUUGAUAAAGGAGUCUAACAAUCCGAAUAUCAUUAUGCAGUAUGUUGAUUUGGCUUCAUUUGAAUCAGUUAGAGAACUGGCAAGAAGAUUGACUGCGUCGGAAGAUAAACUGGAUAUCCUGAUAAACAAUGCUGGAAUAGGCAAGGGACCUGACAAAUUGUCUAAAGACGAUCUGGACGACACCUGGCAAAUAAACUAUUUCAGUGCUUUUCUUCUGACACAUCUGCUGAUUGGACUGUUGAAGAAAUCUUCAGCUGGCAGAGUAAUCUUCACAAGUUCUUUGUUAUCCCACGUGCAUCAGUUGUCUUCGGAAAAUAUAACUGCUACUGAAAUCAAAUCCUCUGAAUACUUCUUAUCUUAUUCAGACACCAAAGUAGCACUUAUCAUUGCCUCGGAUAUAUUCGCAACUAAAUUGAAUAAAUUCAAUAUCACCUCCAACGUUUAUCAUCCCGGAAUUGCGAAUACAGCUAUUUUCGAAAGAAGCAUGCGAAAUAUGGAAGGAAUCGGAGAAAAGGCAUUGGUCUUUGUGCUACGUUUAUUGUUAUUCUUCCUUAAUAAGACUCCUGAAGAUGGAGCGCAAACAGCCCUUCACCUUGCUGUUUCCCGGGAAGUGGAAAACAUAACUGGACGUUAUUUUGGACGAUUAUCUGAGACUUGGAAACCUCGUAUUUGCAAGGAUAAGAUUCUCUGCGAGAAAAUAUGGACAACAUCAGAAACGAUAGUCAAACUUGAAUCUAACGAAAGAUUGUAAUAAAUUUUAGAAAAUUGAUAUCUUUAACUCUUUGCUAUCAUAUACAGGUAUUUCAUUCGCUGAUUCACAGAAUGCUCAUGCAACUGAGAAGUCACUCAGAGAUGAUAUUUCCAACAGUAAAAACACAAUAACUUUAUCGAAUAAAUUUAUCUUCCUCACGGAGAAUAUUUGCCAGUCAGUCAUGUUGUCUAAUGUAAGUUUCUCGAGAGAAAUUACUGAUGGAAAAUUUCUGACUCAGUAAGGAAAUUUGUCUAAUUAAAAACAACUUCGAGUGUUUCUUUUCGGCAAGAUGAAUCAAUGACCACAUAAAAAUAAACAACAAUAUAAUUAUCACCUUUAUAGAUGAUAUCGUGUUUCUUGAAGUAUGC